GCCGGCAGACGUGUAGACACGCGUGCCACACAAGAUCCGGGCUCGCGCGGCUCAGUUUUUAUCUGGGACAGUCGAAGCGGGGCCCACAACACGGCCAUUGCCCAUUGACGUGGACUGACGACACGGGGCCCACCGUCUGGCGUCACGGCCGCGGGAACGGGGAAGCGCAGCCGAAAUCGCCGCUCCUGCGCGACGAGAACAGCGGCGGAUCCAAGCGGGCUGGCUUUCGUGCGGUGCGGGUGCCUGUGGGCUUGUGUGGCUCGGCGCCCGUGUGGCCCGUCCUGCGGCCUGUGGCUCGGCGCCCGUGGGGACGGGCACGCAGUGACGCGGCGGUCCGGGGCGCAGAAGGACCCGCACGGCACGCGAGGGAUAAUUCCAGUGGCGGGAAGGGAAUAUUCGGAUCGGACAGCUUCGCCGCCCCGUCGGCUCGGCCAUGAGUUCCGAUCCUCCUCCCCAUUUCCGACCCUACCCCUGCCAUGUCGCCGAAUACCCGCGCGCUGCAAAGGCACACCAAAGCGAAGGGGCCAGUUCCGUCCAAGGGCAGCACCGUAAAUCCCCGGCGCACCUUUCGAUAAAUGCGCUCUUGCUUCGGUGCCUUCGCCCUCCGCACCACGCAAACCGAGCUCGAGAACACCACCACGAACAAGAAAGAAACACGGCCGCGGCGGGGCGGGGCGGGGCUUCUUCUCCUUUUCCAACUCGCUGCCCGUUGCGUGAUUCCGCCGCGUCGCGUCGCGUGUGCAUUUGCGCGCGCGCGCAGGAGCCGCCGCUCCGAUCGCCCUGAAAAAGGUGCCAAUUGUUACUGAUUCCAGAUAUAGGUGUUCCUGCGCUGGAACUAACUGCGCCGCGACCUUCCUCAGCAAUCUUAUGCUCAUGUCUCACUCUCAACAGAUGGCGAAUAGUAGGAAGCCUCCUGGCCUCAGGUUACUCGGAGGCGCCGGCUCACUGACAACGUACCAGACACUAGUCCUGGUCCUCACGUUCUUGGCAUACACAUGCUUCCACAUGACUCGGAAGAUCCCAAGCAUAGUCAAGAGCGCUCUGGACCCGCAGACGAAGGUGGGGUUCUCGCACUGGGGACGGUUGCACGCCAGCAGAAACGCUCUCACCACCGGCUGGCUGCCGUUCAACACCGCCGACGGCUCCGCGCUGCUCGGCGAGAUAGACGUCGCGUUCCUCGCCGCGUACUCCGCCGGGAUGUUCUUCGCCGGCCACAUCGGCGACCGCAUGGAUCUGAGGGUCUUCCUGACGGUCGGCAUGGCCGGCACCGCCGUGUUCACGACGCUCUUCGGCGCUGGAUACUGGCUGAACGUCCACAGCUUCUACUAUUUCUUGGUUAUUCAGAUGGUUUCUGGCCUGUUUCAGUCAGUUGGCUGGCCUUCGGUUGUUGCGGUUGUCGGCAACUGGUUCGGGAAGAGUAAGAGAGGAUUGAUCAUGGGGAUAUGGAACGCACACACCUCUGUCGGGAAUAUAGCAGGCUCGCUGCUCGCCGCGUUCCUCCUGAAGUUCGGGUGGGGCUGGUCGUUUGCCGUCCCCAGCCUUAUCAUGGCGCUCGUUGGGUUGAUGGUGUAUGUUUUCCUGCCGGUUAGUCCUGAGGCCAUGGAGAUUGACAGUGACGGCGGUGAGCUUAACUGCGAGAAGGACGCUGUGAAGGAGCCUCUCUUGGAACCAGGCCAAGAAGUGAAACAUAGUGCAGUGGGGUUCUUAGAGGCAUGGAGGAUUCCUGGGGUCGCGCCGUUUGCUCUGUGCCUCUUCUUCUCCAAACUGGUCGCGUAUACCUUCCUGUACUGGCUGCCGUUCUACAUCAGCCAUACACGCAUUGGUGGCGAGUACCUCUCCGACGCCACGGCAGGAAGCCUAUCGACGAUCUUCGACGUCGGCGGCGUGCUGGGAGGGGUCCUGGCGGGCCACAUCUCCGACCGCCUGAACGCGCGCGCGAUCACGGCCGCGAGCUUCACUUACUGCGCGAUCCCCGCGCUCUUCCUGUACCGCACGUACGGGAGCAUGUCGAUGGCGUGGAACGUCUCGCUCAUGUUCGUCACGGGGAUGUUCGUGAACGGGCCCUACGCGCUGAUCACGACGGCGGUGUCGGCCGACCUCGGCACGCACAGCUCGCUCAACGGCAACUCCCGGGCGCUGGCCACCGUGACGGCGAUCAUCGACGGGACGGGGUCUGUCGGAGCCGCCAUCGGGCCGCUGGUGACGGGGUACGUCUCGUCGAGGAGCUGGAGCGCCGUGUUCACCAUGCUGAUGGCGGCGGCUCUCCUCGCUGGGCUCCUCUUGAGCAAGCUCGUGUGCGCCGAGCUGCAAGGGAAAACGCAUUCCAGCGUGAGCAAGGACGCAGGCGGUGAACAUGGUGCCUACUCAGAUGAAGUGUAAGUCUGAAGCCCUGGUUAGUAAGCCCACGUUCCCGACCUGAAGAUGAAAAGGCAGAGAUUUAGCUGCUGAGUGACUUGCUCAAAUGGCAAUUCAGAUGAUUUUCUUUUGUUUUGUGUGGUAGAAGAUGUAAGUGUGUGCUUAGAUUGGUUUUUCAGGUUUACUAGACUCUAGAGCCCAAAUACAGGCACAUUUUAGGCGCCUUUGUAAAUAAGGUCGGGCUCAUACUAGUUACCAUUGCUAGUUGCUCAAUUGUAUGUGAUGUUUAGGGUAUAUGUCAAAUGGAGGGCGAACCACCUUUUGUACACUGGAAUGGCCAACUCUGCAUUUACUUUGAAUGUUGGCCUUCUUUUUGUACGUGUAAACCGUGUGAAGGUUCAGAGAAUUUUGAAUUGAAGCAUCUAGGCUGACCGCUAGUGUUUGGUUGCGCCGGGA